UCCAGAUAUCCUUAUUUAACCUAAAUCCUGGCUGUGAUCGAGACGGAACAGCGAAAGCGGAGAAAAAGGGGAAUCACCGUGCAAAGUAAGGCUAUGGGUCUCGAAUUCGACGACGCCUUCAUCCAGGCCGAGGAGCACCGGCCGAAGCCAUCAAUCUCAGAAGCCGGCGGUAUUCCUGUCAUCGACCUUUCCCCAAUCAUCGCCGGCGAGGGGGAGGCUUUUUCCGGCUUGGUCGCCGAGGUCGGAUCCGCUUGCAAGAAUUGGGGAUUUUUCCAGGUGAUCAACCACGGCAUUGACGGCAAAGUUUUGGAGAGGAUUCAUGCAGCGGCGAGGGAGUUCUUUGCUCUACCGCUGGAGGAGAAGCGGCGGGUGAGGCGAGGCGAGGAUAAUCCGCUCGGCUAUUACGACGCUGAGAACACGAAGAACGUUCGCGAUUGGAAGGAGGUGUUCGAUUUCGUAACAAAUGAAUCGGCGGAGCUCCCCGCGACGGAGGAGCCCGGCGAGAAGCGAACGGAUGUUUUUUGGAAUCAGUGGCCGGAAUAUCCUCCGGAAUUCAGAGAUGUCUGUAAGGAGUAUUCAAAGGAGGUGGAGAAGUUAGCCUACAAACUUGUGGAGCUCAUAUCCUUAAGCCUUGGCCUGUCUGCAAAGCGCCUGAGUAGCUUCUUCAAGGAUGACAUGAAUUUCAUCAGGCUGAACCACUACCCUCCUUGCCCGGAGCCUCAACUGGCGCUGGGCGUCGGCCGCCACAAGGAUGGUGGCGCUCUCACCGUCCUCUUUCAGGAUGAUGUCGGUGGACUCGACGUCCGACGCAAGAAUGAUGGUGAGUGGGUCCGCGUCAAGCCCAUCCAUAACUCCUUCAUCAUCAACGUUGGUGACAUUAUUCAGGUGUGGAGCAAUGACGCCUACGAGAGCGUUGAGCACCGCGUCUCCGUGAACUCGGAGAGGGAGAGGUUCUCCAUCCCCUUCUUCUUCAACCCGGCGCACUACACCAAUGUCAAGCCGCUCGAAGAGCUGACGAGCGAGGAGAAUCCGGCGAGGUACGAGGAGUAUAACUGGGGCCAGUUCUUCAAGGCCAGGAAGAACAGCAAUUUCAAGAAGCUGGGCAAGGAGAAUGUGCAGAUCUAUCACUUCAAGAAGGCUCUUUUAGCCAAUUAAAUGGAUUGCAUUGCUCAGCUCGGUAUGUAUAUGUAAUAAGAUUUGUGGAAUUCUGUAACAUAGAUGUAAGCGUCUGUGCUGCUUGUUUGAUUAUGGUGUUUGAAAAGCUGGUCCAGCAAUGUAUGUGCUUGUAAAAUGGAACCCCACAGAAUAAACUGAAGUCUGAAUAUUUUAGUCUA